UCAACACUCAACAGCAGCAAAACUGCAAAAACAAUUUUGAUUUAAGACUCAUUUAAAUAACGAGCAAUACUUUUGAACGUGCAAUUUUUGGAAGUGAAACCAAUCGUUUUUGCAUCUUUUCUCGCAGAUAAGCUCCUGGAUUCGUUAAACGUGUAGUGACUGCUGUGCACCAAAUCCCGUUAUCCAACAUGUCGAAGAAAGGUGGCAAGUUGACCAAGGAAGAGGAGCUUCUGCUGCAGGAUUUCAGCCGCCAUGUCAGCGUGCGAUCAUCGGCCCUCUUCUACGGCAGCGGCUUCGUGGCGGCCUUGACGCCGAUCUGGCUCUUCUGGCGCAUCCACCACAUGGACCUCUCCGUGUACUGGAUCGCCUACAUUCUAGUCUCCCUGGGCAGUGCCUGGCUGAUCGCCUUCGCCUACAAGAACACCAAAUUCGGAUUGAAGCACCGGAUUGCGCUGAAGCGGGAGGAAGGCAUUUCGCGGGAUAUCAAUAAGCAGCUGCAGGACGACAAGAAGGUGACGAAGAAGGAGAAGGACGAGCGCAUUCUGUGGAAGAAGAACGAAAUCGCCGAUUACGAGGCCACAACAUAUUCGCUGUUUUAUAACAACCUGCUCUUUCUCUUCGUUACCGUUGUGCUGUCCUUUUUCGUGCUGCGCUCAGCGGCUCCUCUGGCAAACUACGGGCUGUCCACCCUCGGUGCGGCUGGACUGGUGGCACUGCUCUCCACCGGUUCCAAAUAGGUUCAGCGCGCAGAGGUAGCCAGUGUUCGCCUUUGUAUCUUUUACAAUGUUUCACUGUUUUAAUAUAAUUAAAAUUUUUCAGCAA